AUGGCUUCACAUUCCGGCUUGACUGUAGACGAAUUCCGCCUUCUGUCCUGGACGCGUCCUGAACUCUCGAGAAACACGAUCCAACCCGAAUCGUUGGAGAGGCAUUGUCCACUCGACAACGGCAGACUCGAAGGACACCACACGGUCUCGCCGUCCAACAUUCAGGUUAGGCUAUUUGACACCGGGGAUCUGCGAGCUCUUCCCCUGGAGAUUGCCUAUCUGAUUCUCAGCUUGCUUGACUUGAGAAGCCUAACAGACUUCAGAGCUGUUAGCUGGGGAUGCCGCGCUCUCGUUGACAGUCUGCCGCAAUACAAAGCAAUAAUCCAACACGCGCCAAAUGCAUUACGUGCGUUAUUAUCCACCCAUAUGGCUGUUCACUUCACUACCCCAAACCUUUUCGAAGCCCUGUGCACACAAGUUUGCUUCGGUUGUGGACAAUUUGGACCUUUCCUCGACCUGUUUACUUGUUAUCGAUAUUGCUUGGCCUGUGUCAUCGAUUCUAAUGACCUAUUGUCUACACCCAUAUCUACGGCCAAGCGGGAGUUUAAUCUAACUUCGAGAAUGAUACGCACAUUGCCUACAUGUUUAAGCCUCCCUGGCCAAUAUACCGAGAGUGAAAGGACAUAUCAGAGACGAAUCUCUUUAGUACGGGUACAAUCAAUCAUGGCUACUCGAACAGCGCAGCCGGAUCACCAUGCAUUAUCACGCCGCAGACAAGGACAGCUGGGCACAUCUCUUCUACAACCAUCGAUACAGCAAGCGCCUCAACGAUGGGAUGGUCAUGGGCAGAAUCCAUAUCGGUUCAUGCCAAUGAAGCGCAGAGUGAGAUUCCCAAACAUCCACAUCUCACACACCCAUAUCUCAAACGCCCCCAUUUCUGCCCGUCUGACUCUGUCUUACUGCCAAUACAAUAUCGUAAUGGCUCAUCCUUUCGAGGGUUUGGGUAUGCCAUCAAGUCCACCAGCAUCCAGCAAUAAUUUGAGCCAAGCUCUACAAAGAACUCUCUCCAAAGGUUUCCCACAUUGGGGUAGCUUCGCGGGCAAAGCUGUUCGAGCAACUUUCACAAUAAAGAUGGACGGCAACUAUGAUUACUUCUACACUUCUGACGAUCCCGACGAGCUUUUCGAACUUGCGCAGGGAUUUUUCGAGGAGAUCCAGAUCAUGGCUGCAGCAUUGUCAGAAAACCAAGCUAGUGCAUAUGGAGAAUUCCUAACCACUGCAUUUGCGGAACUCAUUUUUGGCUCUAAUCUGAUUGAGAAUGCAGGCUUGGGUCAUGAUGUUACCAUCCGUAUCUGCAAAGUAAUUUUUGAGGGCAGAAUCGAACCAUCUACUAUCCAGCUCCGGGACGAUGAAUACGAACAGGCCUUGGAAGAACUCAAGCUUCGCCACCUUGAGUCAGAUCACAGCACAGUCAUCCGCUCUCGAGCUGAGAUUGUUCAGCAUGCCCUAGCAUUGAAAUACCUUACGACGCACAUGAUCGAAUUGAAUAAGCCUCUUUCAGAAGAACUCCUUCUACAAACCCACGAGAUCCUUACCGAUGGCAUUGAUGGACCAGAUGGAGAUCAAUCUGCAACAUACUCGGGGAUCUACAGAACAGAGGUGGUGAUUGCUGGGUUCUCGAACUUCACACAUCCGGGACAGAUUCACUCCGCUAUGAGAGCCUUGGUUGCGGACUUCAAUAACGACAUGAAAAGGGCGGAGGAAAAAGGGGAGUUGGAUCCAUAUUAUCUCGCGGCCAAGUAUUGCCACAAGUUCGUUAAUAUCCAUCCAUUCCUCGAUGGCAAUGGUCGUGUCUGUCGACUCUUGUUGAAUGCGAUAUUAUUGAAAUACGCUGGCAUCGUGGUUGUUCUGGGUGAGAAGGAGCAAGAGCGUGAGACAUACCUGGAGAUUGCAAGCAGAGGAAGCAUGGAUGAACAGGUACCAGAGGAUGAGAGAUCCAGAGUACCUUGGGGAGGUUUAGCCUCAUAUGUCAUCAAGAAGGGUACGAUGAAGAUGGAAGCACUUAGAGAUACGCUGAAGAUGGCCAGCAAUGCUUAG